AUGGCGGAGGUUUCCUACGCCCUCAAUCUCCAUGGAGACGAUGAAGAAAAUGACGACCAUUUUUCACCCCGCAUCCAUGACUGGUCUCAAGAUCUCGACGCAUUCGACGUUUCUCCUUCAGAUCUCGACUUUCCUUCAUCCCAACUUUUCCUUUGCCGUCAAAUAAGCCGAACCGAUCGGAACCCCAUCCGUCUCUCAAAUGCUUCCAAUCCAUUCGAAAGAGAUAACCAGGUAAAUUUCGUAAUCGAUAUGUUUAAUCAUCGCGUUGAGCAAUCGCGUGUUGUUGUGGAGACCGAUUUGGUUGAUUGUGAUCGUGGCUUUGUGGUUGGUGGUGGGAAUGAGGAUAUCGAUUCGAACGAAUUGGAGAUGGAUUUUAGGUCAGGGUUAGGGUUUCCUGUGGAAUUUCGUAAUUGUGAUGAUGAUGAUGUUGAAGAUGAGGAUCAUGGAUUUAUGGUUGCUGAUUGUGGCGAUGAGUUCUUCGUGUCCAGGAGGACAAGAGGCGGUGGUGUUCGAUCCGAAUUGGGAGAUCCAAAUCCAACAUAUUUCAUGGCUGGAUUAAGUGUGACCGAUUCAGAAGAGGACAUUGAAAACGAGAUUAUUGGGGUGGAUGAUGAUUUUGGUAUCUAUGGAGGUUGUGAUGAUGAAGCAAAUCUUAGGCUUUGUUGGGAUGCUUUUCAUCUAGAAGAUGAUGACCAUGUUAGAUGGGAUGUACCUGCAAACCAACAUUUUGAUUGGGAGGAAGUGGAUGGUCGAAUCGAUGAACGUGAAGUCUUGAGUAUGUUUCUGGAUGCAGAUACCAACAAUCAUGAUCACAAUCAUGCCACCGACGAUUUGGAGUGGGAAGUUUUCUUGAAUUUUCAUAAUCUUGAAGCAAAUCCUGCAAAUGCAGAAGCACAUAACUAUGCGUCUGUUGAUGAUUUGGAGUGGGAAGUUUUCUUGAAUGUUCACAAUCUUGAAGCAAACCCAGAUUUAGAAGGUCGAUUUGAAGAUUACAACGAAGCAGAGGACGAGAUGUUAUUUGGGCAGUUUGUGGAUAAUGGUGAAUCGGCUUUGGUUCAACCACCUGCAUCUAAAAAGUCAGUUGAGGGUCUUUUGUCUGUGGUUAUGACUCCUGAAAAUGUUGAAAGCAACAAUGCACUUUGUGCUGUUUGCAAGGAUGAAAUUGGUGUUGGGGAAAAAGCAAAACGACUUCCGUGUACUCAUCAUUACCAUGAUGAUUGCAUUCUUCCUUGGCUGUGUAUACGGAAUACGUGUCCUGUUUGUCGCUAUGAGCUGCCAACCGAUGAUCCUGAUUAUGAACGCAGGAAAGCAGAAAGGAUUGCUAGUGAUCUCUGA